CAAAGCUUGGUUCAAUCAAACAUAGUCUGGCUGAGUUAUAAGUGGAUUUAAUUAUGACGAAAUUGGCGCCAAAGCACUAUUUUGUUCAUUAGUAGUGUUUAGCUGAUUUUCAGGAGAUGAAAACGUCUAUUCCCAGUUUUUCAUAUGGAUUCUGAAAGGUCUUGAAAAACAGCAUCUUUUGGACUAAUUAAAAAUUUUUGGUCUUCCUAAAAAUACCUAAAUUGCGCACCAAAAACCCAACACUACCGUGCUUUCGCUUAAAAGUCUGAUUGCGGAUUACCAUGGAUACGCACAAAUUUCGGAGUGAGAUUUUGAAAAACCCUACACUUCAGACUUGAUUCCCUGGAAGUUUAAGCUCAUUAUCUAUUAAUUCGACAAGAAUACUGUUGUUUUAAAUUAAAAAAAAGCGCGAAAAAGGAUCAAAAGUUACAAACCGUUUUUAGUGGUUUUUGAAAAUUUGAAAUUUGAAAACCUUAACUUCAUCAAAAACUUUUUGAAAAAAGUGGGUUUGAAAGCACACACUUUGGUUUAUCUAAUGGUGAAAGAAUUAGAUCUCUAGCACUUUCUGUUGAAAUACUACAGGUCUCGACAUUUGUGCCAAGACUUUUGCAUCAGUCGUUAUAUGUAGGCUUAUACAGUAAGACUUACUCAAGUUCUACUGCAUAUUAUAGGCAUGUCGAUAGAUGACACCACCUAUUGACAGAUCAACGGUAUCCAGUAAAACUUGAUAUUGUAUGUUGAUGAUGGCCAUCGCGGCUGAAAGCCUGUCGCAAUGGUUUUCAAAAAACCUCUUCCAGCACUAUACUAAAUUAGCACAAUUAGAUUGAAUCCAUCAGAUUUAUCAUGAUUAUGACUGUUGGACUUAUAGACACUGAUAUCGGGUGGAAAUUUAUGUGAUUUUGUAAUUCCCCUAAAAAAGAGAGUAGACAAUCAUCUUAUAGUCACAUUUAUUUUUAAUUAAUAGAAAUAAAAACAAAUUGAAAUUUUAUUUUUAUUUGCUUAAGAUAAACCAAUAAAUAAUCGUCUAGAUUUUCUUAAUUAUUCAUUAUCAUUAAUGCGUUCAAUACAUGAACAUGGUGAUCAAGAACCAUUAAUUGAUGUUUUAUCAUAUAAACAUUUUGCUUAUUUACUUGAUGCAUUUAUAUAUUAUUUUCGUGAAAAUGGUUUAAAUGAAAUAAAUAAAUCAUUAAUAAUAUAUCGAAAAGAAAAUUAUAAUGAAAAUAAUGAAAAUUUAAUAACAUCAAAUGAUUCAUUUUUUCAUCGUUCAUCAUCAACAUUAUGUCUUAGUUCAUUAGGACCUGAUCCAUUUCAAAUAACAAUUGAUGAUUCAUUACCAUUAGCAUGUCGACCACAAUUACUUCAACCAAUAUGUCGUAAAGAAGAUUUAUUUGGAAGAUUUCUUAAUGAUCAAAUAGCUGCGAAAUAUUCACAUUUACCAUCACAACUUAGUUUAUCAAAUCGUCAAUAUUCAAUACCAAAUUUUUUACAACCAAAUUAUUCAAAUUUAUUUAAUCAAACACCAACACGAGAAGAUAUUCAAGAUAAAACAAAUACUAAAACACGAGAUGAUGAUCUCGAUGUUCUCUAUUCACUUGUGGAUAUUACUCAACGAUUUGAUCAAUUAGUACUUGAUUCAUUUUAUAUUCGUAAUCUUAAUAUGACCUCUAUGACAAUGAAAUCAUUUUACGAUCGUAUCUAUUCAAUAGACAAUCAAGUUCUUGAAAGAAUGUAUAAAAAUAUUUUACCUCGAAUUUAUCAUCAAAUAAAUGAACUCAUUGUUGAACAAUAUUCAAUGGAACGUGUUCUUCAUACUAUAAAUUAUCCUCAACUUUACUCAUUAACACUUACGGAUUUUUCAGAAGAAGUACUUUUCAAUUACUUGACAAGUAAUAGAAUUUUUCGAAAACUUCUUAUUGAACAAAUAACAUGUCUUAAAAUUGAUGUUAAGGAUGAGCCAACAGAGCCAUCUCCUGAAACUCUUUCCAUUAUGUUUGCUUUGAUAUUAUCUUUGUGUAAACGAUUAAUCAAGUUAAGUUUUUGUCAAUUGGAUAAUCGAUUAACGUUCUGUAUUCUUGACUUAUCAUUAACAAAUAUCAAAUCUUCAACAUUAACUCAAUUGUAA